GAGUUUUGUGAAAUCAAAACUUCGGUGGUAAGAUAAGAGGCUUGUGAAAUCAAGUUCUCGAGUUGUAUUCAGAUUGUCAAACUCCGUUAAGUUUGACGGGUUAGUGAAGGCCUGGGCACGAUUGCUUCGGGGACUGGAUGUAGGCAUUUAGGCCGAACCAGUAUAUAUCGUGUGUGCAUUGCUCUUAUCCUUCACUUUAUUUUGUUUGUGGUGCAUUGUUUUUGUUGAAUAUUCGUGAAGAACGUUUCCGCGCAAAAAAAAACCGGUCUUUUGGGCAACACCUCUUUUCACCUCCCCUCUAGAGGAAGCCUGGCCACUGGAAGUCAGCUUGUCCGUACCCUAAAGUGGAGAAGUACGGAGAAAGAGAAAGGAACGAGAAAAAGAAGAAGGCAAUGGUAGCAGCUGAAAGUGACGAGUCAUCCAGUUCAAGCUCGGAUGAAUAAGCUCUCGUCUGCAUGGAGCGCAGAGCUGAGAAGUCCAACCAAGAGGAUCGGUGGACUAUGUCAGAAGAUGACACUCUCUACCUAAUGGCCAAAGAUGAUGCCGAACAAGAGGUAACAUCACAAACCUCCUGCUCAUCUUCUUAUGAAAGCAUACCAACUUCUGAAAAUCUUUUUGACAAGUUCAAAAAGAUGAUGGAAGAUUUUGAGGAAAUAAACCUUAAACACUCAUCCUUAAUAGAGGAGAACAAGCUAUUGAGUGAAGAGAAUCUCAAGUUGACUGAAGGUCAGAAAAGUCAACUAAGUGAGAUCACUCAACUCAAGGCUGAGAAUGAAUCUCUUUCUGAAAAGGUGAAAUCCCUCAACAAGGAGCUAGGGAUACUUAUGUCCAAAGAAGCUGUGGAUAAGAUUCUUGAAACGACCAAAUAUAAGGGUCGUGAAGGACUUGUGUUUGAACCCUCCAGUUCCAAAAGGAAAGGAAGAACAACUUUUAUUCCUCCCAAACCUAUUGCUAAAUCCAAUAAGCAGAAAGGUAAGGAGAAGGAGAAACCUAUAGAAGUUCCCAAAAAGGUAGUCCCUCCUAAAAACUAUAAGAAGGUGGAUACACCUCAAAGAGAAAACAAUUUCAGAAGAAAACCUUCUAACCCCCACUAUACACGAGGCUAUACUCAUUAUGGGGAAGAUAAGAGUUUUCCAAGAAAUUCUGAGUGGAGAAUGAUGAGGAAUUUUACUUUAACGCAAAACUCCCGUAGUAGUAAAGGGAACAGACUAGAUCUUCUAAAAGAUCAGUUUAUCCCGUGUCGUCUCAAGGAUCGGCCCAAGGGAAAGUUAAGCAAGACUAGUUAGACAAGAUUUACUCAAUGAAUCAAAAAGUUUUCAAAAGGUCGAAUAAGGAAUGGAGAUUGAAUUUUAUCUUUCGGAAAUAAAAGGUAGGGAUGUAA